UGCAGUUUAGCCUGCUAGCUAGAUGGAAGAUCAGUUCAGAGUCAGUCGAUCUCGCAGCUAACCUGGCUAGCAGGCUACUGAAACCGAAACUGGGACGCUAGCUAGCUAGGGACUGCAAUAGCCAGCUGAGUAUUUUCUUUAGCAAAUAACGCAUGAGGAACUAUCUGUCAUAACAAAGCACACGCACAGCAGCGGUAAUAGCUGAACCUCUGCAUGUUUGGCCAUUGAGUUAUUUAAAACAACCCCGAUUUUUAACAGCUAGUUAGCUGGGAGAGCUAAUCCGCAAUAAGGUAGAAGUUAGCUGGCUGUCGACCAGAAAUCUCGAUGGGUGCAGAUGGGCAAUAUGAUGGUGGUGAAGCGGGCACUCUGCAAACUAAGCCUGAGCAACAUUCAGAUGAAGAGGAAGAGAAGGAAUCUGAGGAAAACAGAAGGACAAUCGGUCUAAGGUGUUACCAAGGAAACAGAGAGUCCACAGAUGAUGAGCCCAGUGAGCUGGGGGCUUCUACUGCUAGUUUCUCCAAUACUGCAUUCCUUAUGCCUCAGCUGUGCUCUCAACAUCAGUUCUCUGACAGUGAUUUGGAUGUGGAACUCACAGCAGAGGUAAGGACAGAGGGUGCUUCUUCACUGACUUUGUCAGUGCCUGUUUUUCUUCAUUUUGGCUUCAGAAAGGCAGGAUCCACAUCUGAUGGACAGUACCUUCCUUUAACAGCCUCUAGGCUAGAAAAGGCCUUAACAGACUGCACUUUGACCCCUGCCCCUUUCCGCAAGUGGACAGCAGCUCUCCAUCAACCUGUAGCACAUAUGCCCAGGUUGUCGUCUUUCUGCCCCUCUCAGAGGUUGAUGGAGACUGCCAAAAGCCCUCUCCCCUCUUCCCCCUCAGCGUCUCCCUCAUCACCUUCUUCUGCCCCCUCCUCUCCCUCCUCAUCUCCCUCCUCAUCAUCCUCUCCUGGAGGAAUUGGAACAGGCUAUCGUGAAGACGAGGACAGUGGCCAUGCUGGAAACGGCAGGGUCAACAAAGCAACGGGAGACGGCGUUUCGUCCACCUCGUCUUCUCUAGCUCCGCCUUCGCAUGCUGCCCCUCCCCCAUCAUCUCCAAGCGCAUCACACCGUCUUUCUUUGUCCCCCCGCAUGUUCGGAGAUGGACAGCGGGAGGGCCCAGAAACUGAGAUGUACGACCCCUUCCACCCCACAGAAGGAGAGGGAGAACGAGGAGUGGCUGAGGAAGAGGAGGAAGAGGAUGAAGAAGAGGGAGACAAAUAUGAUCCAUUUGAACCCACUGGCUCUCCGGCCUCAGAGAAAGAGGAUGAAGGGGAGCUGGCAGGUAAUCGAGAAGGAGGAGGUCGAGUUGGAGGCACACGACAUGAGCACCAUGCAAAUGAGGAAGGGGAGACUAUUGCUGAGGCGGCUGGUUCGCCUCCAGACUCGACAGAGACAGAGACGCAGAUCCCCAUUCAUGCUUCUGAGGAAGCAACAAUACACUUGAACAGGAUCAGGCCCCUUAGAGAACGAAUGAGGGAACAGAGGAAAGGUGUGAGAGAGAGAAGAAUGGAUGACUCUGAGCAUUCUGAGAUAGAAGAAGGGGAGAUUGUGGGUGCCAGUGACAGAGGGAGGGAAAGAGAGGUGGAGAGAAGAAGGGAGGUGCUGCUCCCAUCCUCUGGAAGUCCUUCCUUUCUGCAGGGGGGAGGUCUUAAGCCUGAGAGGAUUCUACGGGUACUGGAUGGUGAAGGUUUCAUAUCAGUCCGAGCCGAAGGAGAGUGGAACAGGGAACCAGCUCCCCCGGUGGGCGUUGGAGACCUGCGGCGGAAACUCACCAUCAGACGAAAAGAGAGAUUCCGAUGCCGCUCCUCUGCAUCUGUAUCACCUGCUCCUCCAGCUGACCUGCCGCUACCUCCUCUCUCCCCGCCUGCUUCCCCGCCCCUGUCCACGGAGAAGGUGAAUCGCAAGUCAUCUAAGAGCUCCAAGGAGAGGGACCGACGCAAGCGGAAAGAGGGGAAGGGGGAGGAAAAGGACAAGCGGAAGAAGAGGAAAGAGGGAAAAGUGGAUUCGGGUCCGGAGAACAAGGACAGGGAUCAUGAUAGGAGGAGCGGAAGAGGGGGGAAAGUAAAGGACAAGGACAGGGAUCAUGAGAGGAGUGGGAGAGGGAGGAAGGACAAGGAGAGGAGGAGAAGUAGCAGAAGUGACAGUCGCAAGAGGAAGAGUAGACGCCAGAGCACUCCGGAACUUUCCUCGCAAUCCCACAAUGCCUCGCGGCACGCCCCCAGUCACAGGUCCUGGUCUAGUCCCUCAGAAGGCUACCACAGGGGGAGAGAACGUGAUAGAGACAGGGACAGAGAAAAAGAAACAGAGAAAGAGCGGGAUAGGGACAGAAAUCAAGAAAGAGACAGAUACAGGGACAGGAGGAGAGAUGACAGGGACAGAGAAAGAGAGCAAGACUCCAGAAGGAAAGAGGGAAGGAAGAGAGAUCGGGAUGAAGGAAGCAGAAGAUCGAGUAGCCGAGAGAGGGGAAAUACAAAAAGGAAGAGAGAAAGCAGCGAGAGGAGAGACAGGGAGAAGGAACGAGAGCGAGACAGGGAGAGGGACAAGAGAAGAGAUGGCCGACCUGUUGUACCUCCGUCAAUUCAGGACCUGAAUGGCUCUGACCUUUUUGCCAUCAAACGAACUAUCACUGUUACCACAACACCCACUACCACCACCACAGUCCCCAGCUCCCCAGCGCGUGCCCAGGAUUAUUCCCAAAGUCCCACACAAGGCUCGGACAAACCCCGCAAACGCAAGAAGAAACGAAAGAGGCGCUCUGAUGACGAAGAGAGAGUGGAGGAGGAGCACAGGAGCGGGUCUCACCCUACCUCCCUCACUCCUCCCCACUACCCCAGCUACGAAUCGGACCACGUCUCCGACCACCAGGAUCUGGACAUGCUGUCUUUAGAUGGAGAGGCACUGGAUUCUGAUUAUCCUUCGCUAGAGGAUUCUCCUCUGCUGCCUCCUCCUGCCCCUGAACCUGCUCUCCCUAGUCCCAAACCCAAAUCUGCAGCCCCCAAAAUCAGCCGGCACCAUCAGAAGAAGAAAUCCAGAUCCAGCAGCAAAAAAGUGUCUGAGUCCUCCACCUCGUCCUCUUCUCACAGACCCAAAGCAAAAAGUAAAAACCUCUUGCCCUCGCUCUCGCCACCUCUGUCUGCUUGCUCUGGCAACACAACUUCCCUUCCGCCCAGUGCCUCCUCAUCCACCACCACAAGAUGUCGGAAGACAGGGAAGGAGAAAACGAGCAAGAAGGAGUCUGGUCGUUCUGGAAGGUCCAAGAAGAUUGGAGGAAGCAGCAGGAAGACCAAGCUGCAGUCCAAGGUCUCGGUGCUGGUGCGGGAGGGUGUGAGCAGCACCACAGGAAACUCUAAUAAACUGGGUAUUGACCUUCUUGGACCUGCUGGGGUUGUGGGUGGGGCCUCGGGGACUUCGGUUGUGGGAGGGUCUAUCGCUGUGGUGUUUCGUCGGGACAACGAGAGUCGGUCUCCGUUCCUGAAACCCUGCUCAGAGCCGCUGUCCUUACCCAGCAGAGUCAAGGAACUGGGCAAGACAGGAAAGCAACGCAGCACCCUCGCUCCGCUCUCCUCCACCAACCAGACGGGCCUGAAGUCAAAGAAAGCCAAGCCAAGCUCUACCACCUCCACGUCAUCGUCUGCAUCGUCUCCUACAUCUUCCUCAGUGGCUAAACGCCGGCGGAGACCGGGAAAGAAACCCAGAGAAAGGGGCCUGGCAUUGGAUGGUCCAGAUGUUAAAGGCGCUAACAGCAGCACUUUAGCCUCUGCUUGGGCAGGAGCAGGCACUGACAUUCAGCCUUUGGGUGGAGUCGGUCCUAAACCGUCCAGUCCUCCCUCAGCUCUUCCAGGCCCCACACCUUCAUCAUCAUCUUCCUCAUCUUCCUCUUCCUCUUCUACCAGUGUCCUUCCGCCUUCAUCCUCACCCCCUCACACGCCCCCACUGUCUUUGCCGCCCUCUCGGGACAUUAGAGAAUCUUCUCCAGACUCUCAGACUGUAGACAGCAGCUGCAAGACACCAGAACCAUCCUUCCUUUCCGAGGAGUGCCCGGCUCAGUCACAGUCCGUGCAGCUUGUGUCCUCCAAGUCACCCACUAGCCCGCCACAGUCAAGGGGUGACAGCAUAUCGCAGUCCGCCUCCAAGCCCCUCCCCCCAGACGACCAGAAAACAUCGCCUCCAUGCUCCACUUCUUCAUCUACCUUGGCGGGUGCAUCCCUCUCUCAUCCCAUUCCUCCACCUUCUGCGGACCCUUCCUCAUCCUCCUCAUCGUCAGUGUCAUCCUCUUCGGUCAAUAAGCCCCCACCACCCCCACCCCCACCCCCUGCUGUUCCACCCUUGCCCUGGAGCCUGCAGGCAGGGGUGGAUUGCACAGCAGGAGGUGUUUUGGCAUUGACAGCUCUGCUGUUUAAAAUGGAGGAGGCUAAUAUUGCCAGUCGAGCCAAAGCACAAGAGUUCAUUCAGGCCACAAGUCAGAUUCUCUCUCAGGCUAACCAGAACCAAUCACAGACACAUCCUUCGUCCUCCUCCUCCUCUUCUUCCUCACAAGUCCCUCCCCCUCCAUCACACGCCCUGCCUCCUGGUCCAACUCCAGCGCAAUUUAUCCUCCACGGCUCCCUUCCAUUGGUCGGCUGCACCAAAACUCCACCUCCUCAUUUGCAUCCUGGACUUUCACUGGGUGGUGGAUGUGCUCAGACACCACCUCCUCCAUUGUCUACAGGUCUGUCAGUAGCGACAGGGGGUGCAAGUGAGACCAGCUGGGACAGUGAGAGUAAAGACCCCGAUAAGUAUUUAAAGAAGCUGCACACCCAGGAGAGGGCAGUAGAGGAAGUAAAAUUGGCCAUUAAGCCAUACUAUCAGCGCAAGGACAUCAACAAAGAGGAGUACAAGGAUAUCUUGAGGAAAGCUGUGCACAAGAUCUGCCACAGUCGAACAGGCGAGAUCAAUCCAGUGAAAGUGAGUAAUCUGGUCAAGCUGUACGUCCAGAGGUACAAGUAUUUCAGGAAGCACGGGCGCAAAAUGGAUGAGGAGGACAAGGAAGACAGAGAGUCCACCUCUCUGCACUCUUCAACGUGAUUGGACAUGGACUGCUUUUAAUGCUUCGUUCUGAUUGAACGAGUGCCUGAGGACCCUGCCUGUAUCUUUGCACGUGAUUGGUGCCUGCGGAAGCAACCAGGCGAAAGAAGUUACUGUUCUUGCACCGCUCCUCACGUGCAGCUAAUGUGUAAACUCUUGAACACCGAUCCCCUUCCUGUCUGUCUUUUUGUUUUGCAGUCCAGACAUAUGAUUAAAGGAGUGUGACUCAUGCUUUAAAAACAUUACAAAUUCAGGAGGGAGAGAGAAAGAACCAUCUACACAUAUUUCCUGUCUCUGUCACUCAAACUUUUCCAUAUUGUUAGGACACUACAUAGGAGUAUUUUCCUUCUCUGUGAUUUACAUAGGUCAGUCUGUGUGAGAGAGAGCUGAGUGAGUGUAAGGAUGAAUGACUUUCAUUUUAUCUUGUUCUUUCUUUUAUGUCUUUACUGUGAAUGUCAGAAUAACAUUGGGCUCAUCUCUGCUUGUAGUUGGAGAAUAUUCACAUUUAUUAUACACCCAGAACCUCAGAUGGGGUCAAUCUAUAGUUAUAAUGGAUGAUGUUAUAUUAUUAAUACCCCCCCUCCCCCAAACAAGGUUCUGCUCAUUUAAUGAUUGUAAAGAGUAAACAUUACAAAUGUGUGCAAUGUGUAGGAGGUUCAUGUUCACAUUUUUUUGUUUUACUUUGUUUUUUUCCUUCAUGUGAGCAAAACUAUUGCUCUAUUGAAUCACGGUCCUUCUCAUGUCGAUUUCAUCGUAGCAGAAAACCAGGGGCUCGGGGUGGUGGACUGACUCUCAAAAAGCCAAGGAGUGGGGCUGUACCACUGCCUCCCUCCACCCUCGCCUACCCAGAAGUACUGGGGCACACCUGGGAUGAGUCACAUUCUGGAACAGCUGGAGAAAUGCAUGUAUCUUAGACUUUAUUUGUACUUCAGGAUACUGUAAUGACUGGGAAAGGUCAUUCGCCAAUGCAGAGAUAUAAAAGCUGAGUGCCAGCACCCAUUACCAACCUUCUGACAUGUUUCUUGGGAGGAGGAGGUUGUUCUUGCACUCCCUUGUGAGAAGCCUAGCGUCCUGCAGAUCUUUCUCUUUGGAUGGCCACCACGAGGGUUGCAGACGGGAUAAGGAGUGGACGAUAAGAGCAUCAGUCUGAGCCACGUGCUGAUGGGACCUCCCUCCACAACUUCAUUAACUGUUUUUUUUUAAAAAAAAAGGCAAAUAACAUUGUCCUCGUAAUGUGUGUUAGGUUGUUACUGGCGUUACCUUAAAAAUAUGGCUAGCAUAAAGACUCAAACUGUUGCACAAGUGAUGUAGAAAAUAUAUUACUAAAAAAAACUGGCUGAGUUUGAGGGCCACCAACUACAACGUAUCUCUAUAAAUCAUGUUAAACAUGGAAACUUCUAAACAGCUAA